AUGGCCAAUCGUUCUGCUGGAUUUUACUUUGAGCUCAUUGGAUUUCCAGGAAUUCCUCCACAGUUUGACGUUCUUUUCUCCUUCACGAUGUUAAUUUUGUAUAACAUAUCUCUGGUCUCGAAUGGAUCUGUAAUGGUCUUGAUCAUCAUGAAGGAAAAGCUGCACGAGCCUCUAUAUAUAAUGAUCGCCAACCUGGCUUUCUCCAACCUCCUUUUCGACACGGUCACCUUACCUAAAUUUAUUGCCAAGUACUGGUUUGAUGGUGGAAGAAUAUAUUUUCUUCCAUGUAUCAUCCAGAUGUAUUUUGUCCAUUUCUUGGCUGGAGUAGAUCCUUUUAUACUCAUGUUGAUGGCUUUUGAUCGCUAUGUUGCUAUUUGUAAGCCAUUGAGGUACUCGUCCAUAGUCACCCACAGAGUAAUUGUAGUCACCUGCGGAAUGUUCUGGCUCCUUGCUUCUUUGGUUACACUCCUGAACCUGCUAGUUCUAAAGCAUCCUUUCUGUGGUCCUAAUAAGAUUCUUAACUUAUUUUGUAACACCUCAACCCUUUUACGCUUGGCUUGUGAUGAUGUUAAUGAUACUCGGGAAGCCAUAUUGACUUAUGCUAUGGUUUUUCUUUUCCUACCUUUGACUUUCAUCAUAUUGUCUUAUUCCAUCAUCAUCGUGUCCAUCAUCUCUUUAAACCAUUCUAAGAGUUGGAGGAAGGUUCUGUCCACAUGCACAUCACAUUGGAUGAUUAUGUCCCUGUUCUAUGUCCCUCGGGUAUUUGUGUAUAUAGCCAAUUACGCUCGUCUGGUCCUUUCUCCAAAUCUCAAUGUCUUCCUUAUCUUUCUGUACUCAUAUUUGCCACAUUUAGCCAACCCUCUAAUAUACUGCCUAAGAACUGAGGAGAUCAAAAGGAUAAUUGCCAACAUUCUGAAAAGUAGAUUUGAAACUUAG